AUGUGUUUCAGGGUGGUGUACAACAGUGUUGGUAACGUUACUGAAGCCAGGAAAUCCAGUGGAAGUGGCGAAGAAAAUUUGGAUGAAAAUGUAAGAAAAUGUCUUAUUUUAUUACUGGUACUUGUUAAAGCAAGUCGUGUUGUUCUCGCACUCAUGAAACACUCGUCUCACAUGCAACCGAGGAGAAUUUCACACAACACUGAAAGCUGCGGUAGUUGAAUCCCUUUCAAUCCCCAGCUUUCUGUUGUUAUUGUCACUACCUACACAGACUGUUCAAGUUCAACUGCGCAUGACACAUGCACUAACCACUAACAUGAAAACCUCGUCGCAUCAACUCAUCUUUCCUCUGUUAUUAUUAUUCAGUUCACUCCCCAUUGAGGCUUUUCAGUGACUGAGGACGCUUUCCAUAACAUGGCCAGACCGAUCAAAUUGUUGAACGCAAAACGUUUGAGCUUUGCACCUACAGUAUCUAACCGGAAAAUUUGGAUCAAAUUAGAAUGAGGUCGAUUUUCGCUAGAUAUUUGAGAAAUAUAGACCAGAUCUUUCCACUAAUACAAAGACAUAAAUUUUGGUCUGAUCGAUCUGGCCAUUUAAUGGAAAGCGCCCUGAUUACAUCAAGUAUUACGCUUACUUAUGUUACUUAGCCUAGACUAAUUAUCUUUACAACAAUUGUGAUAUUACUUUCCUAACUAUCUUUAUGUUAACCCACCCUGUCAACCUUUUCCUUGUGGGAAGAAACUGGAGAGAAAACCCACGACUUUCGGCAGAGCCUUCCAUAGCGAGAAUCCCACGCAUUCAGAGGUGAAAGCCCCUCUGACCACUGCGCCAUUUUUUCUCUAGAAACGUUGGAGUGUGAAGUAUGUCGUCAGUCAUCUUGGGACAGACAGUCUACCCAAGUGUGACCUCAUCAACUACCUUCAAGAUCAUGCUGACUCAGCGUUCUUAAGAAAAUGGAAACUUACUGGAAGUACAAAGAGUAUUAGAAAGAACAGAAAUUGCUCUCAACUUGUCUCUGCUUACAAGGUACCGUCUCUAAAACUGUCUUUGAGUUGCACAAUAACCUCAAGAUACACCGAUUCUUUCGAAUUUGUGUACACUAAUUUUACUUAUAUUGGAUUGCUUUAUCAGUCCAGUUGUUCCAAGCUGGAUUAGCGCUAAUUCUGGAUUCAAAUUUAAUCUGUUGUCUAGGUUUGUCUAUCUCUGCACGUCUGUUUCAAAACUUUAGAAAAUAAAACUUCUGAUGUCCACACAAGAUUUCUAGAAAAAUAUUUUCAUAUUUAUAAACAAGCUGUUUGGAGAAUUGCUUUGACGUUAACCUAGGGACGUUUGAGCUUAACCUAGGGACGUUUGACGCUAACCUAGGGACGUAUGACGUUAACCGAUGGUUAAGCUAACCUGCUUUUGAACAACCGGCCCCGAACUGUUCUCUCUCUCCCUAUUGUUUUUCCUCCAACAAUAUACAUGAAUUCUAUUCACGCUAUCUUAGGAAUUCUGCAAGUUGUAUUCUCCUGUUCUGUCUAAACGCGGAAGUGCUUCAACAUCCGAGCAAACAUCCCUGGUCAGAAAAUCAAGUUCAUCUCAGAGUAGUGUGGUCAGCGGUCAUACGAGCUUGGACUCCGUCGAGGACAUCUUGAAACUGGUCAGACUUCUCUACUCGAUAUCAACAACGUCCAUGGAGGAAUUCGGUGAAAAUGGUGCGUUUGGUUUUAUUUCUGUACCAUCUCGUUAAAUGGUUUGACUGUUUUCAAACGCACAGCGGGUUGCAGUAUUGAUAUUUCUGUAAAUUUCUUUGUAGCUGACGAGAAUUACGGAUUUAUUAUUCCUUCGGAAGAAUUUAGCAGCAAGAAGAUCACAACAAAACUCAUCCAACAGAUCAAGGUAAGCCAUCUUGAGUCGCGAAGCAGUUUCAAUACAACAUGUGUUGAUCAGAAUUUGAUGCAUUUCCCAGUCAGAUCAGUGGCUGAGUGGUGAUUUCCAUUUCUUUACUUUCUCCUUAGGAUCCAUUGAUGUCAAGUAGUGGUUCUCUCCCAAGCUGGUGCGAGAAUGUGAUGAGUUUAUAUCCCAUGUUAUUCCCAUUUGAUACCAGACAGAUGUAUUUUAAUAGCACUGCAUUUGGCUGUGCGAGGUAGGUAAUGUGAAAACUGCCGGUACAAGAAAGCUGUUGAUUUCAUUACUAAUACAGGCCCCUUUAUACUUGCUAUUUUUGCUACGAUUUUCUUCUGAUGCAUAUGAACAAGUAGAUGAGUUAUGAAUGUUCGGAGUACAUGUACUCUCUCUGAACAUUCAUAACUCAUCCACUCGUUCACAUCCAUCAGAAGAAGAAAAUCGCCUCUACGAUUGCAAGGACUCGUCAUCUUCGCUCACGUCAUAUUAUAUUGUGACGAUGAUUAGCAAGCAGGCAGUGAUACUAGCAACUUGCUCUUAUUAUGACGUCAUGGGACACUUUUGAUCUUGGUAGUAAUUGAUACUUCGUAUAUUUUAGAACGAUCAUCUGGCUGCAAACUUCCCGUGAUGCAGCGGUGGAGCGGUCAAGAACACCAAGUUCUCGACGAGAUGAUCAACAUGAGUUUUCUAUUGGUCGCUUGAAACACGAGAGAAUACGUAUCUCUAGAGAUGACGGGGUAGGGAAAUUGAUUGUGAUCAUUAUUUUCUUCGUCAAGCACCAAGUUUGUCUAAACUAAGCCGUCGUGUCGCAUGAAGAUAGUCGACUCAGUCUGCCUAGGGGGAGGAGGUCAGGGGGAGGAGGCGUUCACCCAGGCCUCAUGUAAACAGCGAGACAAUACUAUGACCCAACGAAAUCGUUCCACUCUAGCUUCUUCCUGAUGUAAAACUGGCUAAUCCUCCAUGGAGCUAGAUGUAUCCUGAAUGUGUUUUAGGAAAUUGGUCCUAGUAUUCAUGUUUCAUUUCUGUUUUAGCUUCUUGGUUCAGCCAUCAGAGUACUUAACUUCCACAGCGAAAGAAAAGCGAUACUCGAAGUAAGUUACUUUAUUAUUAUUAUCAUUUAUUAUUAUUAUAACAUCUUUAUACACUGUAACUAAUCAACCGUAUUACCUAAGUAUUUACAAAAAUUAUAAAGGUUGUUUUUCAUUAGGCCGUGUUACUAAAUUAAAAUUCGAAAUGCUAUUAUAUAUCCCGAAGACACUUCAUGAAGUAUUUUCUUCAAAGCGUUUACAAAGUUACUGACCCCUGAAUGAAGAGUAACAACUUUCAUAACAAUACCAACUGACCAGAUUUGUCAAGCAAAACCUGUGCUGAAGUGCAUUAACUAAUGUGCGUUUCUUUUUCAGUUUGAAUUCGAGGGUGAAGAAGGCACUGGUCUCGGUCCUACACUGGAGUUCUAUUCUCUGGUUGCUGCCGCGCUUCAAGAAAAGAGUCUGGGAAUAUUUCUCUGUGAUGACGACACACAUGAUCACGUCGAACAGGAGGUAAACUGUUAAACAACAGAGUGCUGUCACGUGACGCCAUCGUGGAGCGACCAAUCAUUGCACCGGUUUUUAAAAAAUCACGUGCACCAAACAUUAACUCAGAUACUUCAUCUUGUAUUUCAGGUUGAUAUAGGUCAUGGUAUACGAGCUCCGGGAUACUACAUCCAAAGAGCUGGAGGUUUAUUCCCGGCACCUUUACCCCAAGAUGGCAGCGAGAUAGAACGUGUUUGUAAGCUGUUCACAUUUCUGGGAAUUUUCCUUGCGAAAUCUCUUCAAGACAAUCGUCUGGUUGAUCUACCACUCUCACGAUCUUUCCUCAAGUUAUUAUGUAAUGGUGGCGGUGAUAAUAGUAUGGUACCCACUCUCCCGACUACACACGGCCAUGCAAGUCAUCUCUCGCUCGCCGAAGGAUUGGAGGACUCUUGUAGUUAUGAAGAAGAACGAGAAUCUGUAAGGAAUUUGACCACCAAUGAACUGGAUAGAUUUAGAAAGGUAUGGACACUUUUUUGCCUGGCUGUUGUAGAUCAGUUAAGGAUUAGUCGCCAAAGGCGAAAUUCAAUGGACACUCCAAUAGCUAGCUACUCCUAAUUGUAAAGGAUGGCCCUUGUUCCUCUUAGAGGAAAAGUUUAGACAGAAUUGAUAAAGCUAUCCAGAAUAGAUAAAGUUAGUUUUCCUCCUGUAGUAACACUGGAUCAUCCUCGUCUAGAGAGAACAGUUUAGAACUGACAGAGCUACCCAGUAUAAAUAACUUUAUGUUCGUAUGCUACUGUUUCUAGUUGGAAGAGGAUGAGAACGAUAUAAAUAAACUGGAGUGUGAAUUAUCUAAAGUCAGUUUGAUUGAAGAAGACUUGCCAAAAGAGCAACCCAAGGAGACUGAGAACCUCUACGAGCCUGCAAUCAUUGUUACUGGUUCAGCGGCUUACUGGAUGAAAAUGAUCUCGUCUCAACCAAUCCCCAUCAAGGAGCGUUUGUUCAACAGUUGAAGGAACUGGCGGCAAAAAAGCAAGAAAUUUUGAACGAUAGUUCUUUAAGUAAAGAAGAAAAGAAGGAAAGCUUACAUUCUUUACAGUUCACAACAACCACUGGUGUCACGUGUCAUGUCGAAGAUCUAGGGUGAGUUAUGAGGGUCUCUCCUCUGUAGAACCAUAAAACUGUAGAACCAUAGAACUGUAGAACCAUGGAACGAUAGAACUGUAGAGUUUAGAAAGCAUUUCAAUUCAAGGGUCUGAUUGCUUACUGACACAUUUGUCAAGAUUCUUGACUGACAUCUUACAAGAUAUCUUCACUGAUAGCUGACAAACGAUGAAACAACAAUUUGCAACCAGGCCCGCCGAAGGGAGGGGGCACUUUGCCCCGGGCCUCCAGCUCAAAAGGGCCCCCAAAGCAACGAAGGUCUUUAAACGCUCUUGAUACAAGAUUGCUUAACUGCGAAUAUAAAUUCUAGCUGCGUUAGUGUCGGAUAAUAUGCAAUAAAGUGUAAUAUAUUCUAAACGCUUCUCCCGUUUUACAAUUAUGACGUCAUAGGGGCCUUGGGAAAGUUUUGCCCCAGGCCCCGCGCAAGCUCUGCCCUGUUUGCAACUGACAGCAUACAAAAUAUCUUACUGACAGCAGAAUGAAGAUAUUUUCAACAUUGUUUUGCAGGCUGACCUUCCAAUACUUCCCAACAUCUCAAGUUUACCAAUACAGCGCCGUGGACCUCAAAGCUGACGGAGAGGAGCAGGCCCUGACGUUGGGCAACAUUGAAGAAUACAUACAUCUCAUGACUGAUUUUUGUCUCUAUUCUGGAAUCAAGAAACAAAUGGACGCAUUUAGAGGUACUGAGACGUUGUUUAGUCCGUUUCCUGAAUUUUUGUGCUGUAUUGGUCUGCUGUAUGAUGAACUCGCUAUAGAUCUCUACUGGAAAUAGUUUUCCUGAAAGAGAAUAAUACUUCAUAACACAUUAACAUACGGAGACCUGAUAAUCAAAUUUGGCGACCAAAUCUUAUUCACUGGUAGCCACUUGAAUGACAAUCUCGUUCCCAGAGUAUGCCUGUUCGCGGGUUAGGUAGUGUCAUGCCACAACCUAACCCGCGAACAGGCAUACUCUGGGAACGAGAUUGCUUGAGUGACUAAAACAAUUUAUGAUUUCAACCCUUGCUUCCAGGCGGAUCAUUAAGGAAUCAGGAUUGAGUAAUGUUUGUUUCUUCUACAGAUGGUUUUAACAAAGUGUUUCCCAUGGAGAAACUGCAGCCAUUUUCUCCAUCAGAACUUCAGUUGAUGAUUAGUGGUGAACAAGUGCCGCAAUGGACGAAGGAAGAUGUUCUCAGUUAUACAGAACCGAAAUAUGGUUUCACUCGAGAUAGUCCAGUGUAUCAGAGAUUUGUCAAUGUUCUGGCUGAUAUGAGCGGAGAAGAGAAGAAGGUGCGUGCUAAAUAUCUUUCCUAGAAUGCUGAAUUGCAAAGGAGGCCUUACUAGAUUACGAUUAAGAUUGGCAUUUCUAUAGCACAAAUUUAAAUGUAGAUAUGAUCAAGUGCACUUUACAUCAAGUAUUACGCUCAUCUAAUUACAUACUUAGCCUGGACUAUUUUAUCUUUACAACAACUGUGAUAUUACUUUCUGAACUGUAUUUAUCCUAACCCACCCUAUCAACUUUCCCUGUGGGAGGAAACUGGGGCACCAGGAGAAAACCCACGACUUUCGGCAGAGCGUUGACUGUGGCUACUACCAUACUGAACACUGUUUUCCAGCAAUUCUCUGCCUUGUUGUAAACAUUUCUUCAACUAGCAACUGCAUGUUGGGAUCUCUCGGGAUCCUGAGGAACAUUUGCAAGAAGAUUGAGGAACGUCUUCACACAUUCAUAUUUCCUUAUCUUUCAUUUGAGACAUGUAAGAUAAAUACGGUCAAGUAUAUUUUGUUGUUGAAUCCAUAAUGGUGUAAUGUACAGUUGAAUUUUCAUUGUUUUUGCGCAUUCAGAGGAACAUUUGAAAAAGGUCAAUUCGGGAUCCGGGAAACAUUAAUUCCAAGACUGACUUUUCCCUGAGAACUCAGCAUUAAACUGUUUAACUUGUGUUUGUUUUCAUACUCUAGGCAUUUCUUCAGUUCACAACUGGAUGUUCGUCUCUUCCUCCUGGUGGCUUGGCGAACCUACACCCUCACUUGACUGUCGUCCGCAAAGAAGGGGAGGGGGAUGGGUCCUACCCCUCUGUCAACACUUGUGUCCAUUAUCUCAAGUUACCAGAGUACUCGUCUGAGGAAAUAUUGCGAGAGAAACUGCUUGCAGCAACGAAGGAAAAAGGUUUUCAUUUGAACUGAAGGAAGUGAUGCUGACGUGAUUUGUGUUGCAGCAACGAAUGAAGAAGGAUUUCAUUUGAACUGAAAGUGACGAUGCUGACGUGAUUUGUGUGUGCAAAGACAGUGAACUUCUAACAUAUAUUUGAAAGAAAAGUGAUUUAAUAUAUAGAUAUUGUUUAAAACUUGUGAUAGCACGAAUGGUUUUGGUGUUUAAUAGUUUGGGCUCAAGUUUGAAUGUGAAAAAUUUCAACCCAUACAUUUGAAGAAUGACUUAAAGCUGUAUAUGUAAAUGAAUAAACUUGUGAUGGCUGGCAUAAAUGUUUUUUUGGUAUUUUGAUGGUUCUACAUGGUGACCAAUAAUUUCAACCAUAUUUUAGUAAAAUAAUAUGCUGUGUUAAGAUGAAGUUAUAUGGGUUGGAUGUGAAGAUUAAAAGAUCUUGCACAACAUUUAAUUUUGAUGUUAUAUAGUUAGGCACUUUGUAAUGAAAAUUUCUUUAAAUUAAUAAAACAUUUGAGUUAUACAGC